CUCCGGCCUGCCCCAGGACCCAUCCCACCCUCCCUUCUCUCCGGGAAGAUGAGGCUGCUCCCAGAAUGGCUUCUCUUGAUCUUUGGCCCGUGGCUCCUGAAGAAGGACGUCAGUGCCCAGAUACCGGAGUCCGUGAGGCCACAGUACAUGGAGCUGCGCCCCGCCGCAGCCGGAGGGGGCGCCCCUGGCCAACAUCUCCCAGCGCCCAGGUCUUCCGACAGCCUGGGCACCGCCGGCUCGUGGCGCUGGGCCUGGCCGGCUAACCACACUGGGGCACUGGCCGGGGAGAGGGCGGCGGGGGCGCUGCCUGCGCAGCGCACCAAGAGGAAGCCGUCUAUCAAAGCGGCCCGCGCCAAAAAGAUCUUCGGCUGGGGCGACUUCUACUUCCGGGUGCAUACCCUCAAGUUCUCGCUGCUGGUGACUGGCAAGAUCGUGGACCAUGUGAACGGGACCUUCAGCGUGUACUUCCGCCACAACUCGUCCAGCCUGGGCAACCUCACCGUCAGUAUCGUGCCGCCCUCCAAACGUGUCGAGUUUGGGGGCGUCUGGCUGCCGGGCCCCGCCCCCCACCCUCUGCAGUCUACACUGGCGCUGGAGGGGGUGCUUCCUGGGCUGGGGCCUCCGCUUGGGCUUGCGGCCGCCGGUGCGGGGCUAGGAGGUACUCUCGGGGGCGCGCUGGCGGGCCCACUCGGGGGCUCCCUGGGAGUGCCCGGGGCCAAAGAGUCACGCGCUUUCAAUUGCCACGUGGAGUAUGAGAAGACAAACCGCGCGCGCAAGCACCGCCCGUGCCUGUACGACCCAUCGCAGGUGUGCUUCACCGAGCAUACGCAGAGUCAGGCAGCCUGGCUCUGUGCCAAGCCCUUCAAAGUCAUCUGCAUUUUCGUCUCCUUCCUCAGUUUUGACUACAAACUGGUGCAGAAGGUGUGCCCCGAUUAUAACUUCCAGAGCGAACACCCCUACUUUGGAUAGUGUGCCCCGCCCCAGCCCGGCCCCUGAGCUGCCAAAUCCCGGGUCCUGAGUGGGACCCCUCCCCGUUACCCCACAACUCAUGUGGCUGCGUCCAUCCUUCCACUCUGGAGGAGAGGAACAGCCCUCCCAGGACCAUCAGCCGGCGCGGGUCCCCUUUUCGUUAUUGGGAGUGCCAACGAGCCUGGGAGUAGUCCCCUCAGUUAUACCCCAAAGUGGAGAGGCAAAGCGCAGCCCCAGAUAGGCGGUCCCAGCAUCCCCUACGUCCACACUGGGUCCUCUUUACGCCCCUGGCGCUAGGCUGGCACUCCCUUUGUGCACAGCUUUAAUAAUGCCUGGCCUGGCACCCUCAUCCCACCUUGACGUUUGUCCUCCUGCUCCACCCUGUCCCUACGUAAAGGCUAAAGACUAUAAUCCACGGCCUAGCACUGUUCCUUUCUGCUUGCCAUAUGCCUGUCCCCUUUUCCCCGAAACCCCAAUUAGGGUAACAAAAGCAAAGUCCUGGAUAGGCGAUUGACUCCAGUCCUUGCCCUCUGCCCACCUCCCUCCCCUUCCUGCAGUCCUGCUCCACCUGCCCCUUUCUGGCUGCUUCCUCUUGGUGAUAUUUCUUUUCUACUCCAAAACAGACAGGAAAGGGAAUAAAAUAAAGUAAAACCCAA